GCGGGACCAUGUGCGAUGAGAAAUUGCACGUUCCGGAAGGAAUGAGAAGUGUUUGAUGCACUGUCUGUUUACAGUUACAGAUUCCGUCUGUCGUUAUUAUCGGAUGACAUAGUUGGCGCACAAUGUGUGGCAUAUUUUGUUCUCUCAGGUCCUCUGAGGAUGGUCAACAAACUGCACAUGUAUUGGAAUCCUGUCUGUCAAAUCUCCAAAGUCGUGGUCCUGAUUUUUCUAACUCAACAUCGUGUGAAUUAGCUUCUGGACAGAAGCUAGAAUUCUUUGCCUCAGUGCUACAAACUCAAGGCAAAAGCUUAUGUCAACAACCUCAUUCUGUCGAUGGAAACAUUUUGUGUUGGAAUGGAGAUGUUUUUGGCGGUGUCCUGGAAAAAGAUAUAAUUUCAAGUAAACUCGGUGAUACAGCCGUUGUUGGCAAACGUUUAUCGGACUGUGCUUCACAUGGAACGUCCCCUGUAGAAGUUUUAAGUCAAAUCUCAGGACCAUACAGUUUUAUUUAUUACAACGUAAACAACAACUCUCUGUGGUUUGGUCGGGACCCUGUUGGACGACACAGUUUGCUGAGUUGCUUUUCUGCAAACCCACUUAAUUUUACACUUUCGUCAGUAGCACAUUCAAGUCUAUCAAAUUUUACCGAAGUUCCUGCAAUUGGCAUUUUUGAGAUUGAGCUUAAUAUGUUUCACACUCAAAAUGGUCCAUACAUUUUGCUUCACCCAUGGUGUGAGAUGGAUGAAGAGCUCAUAAAUGAAUAUUGUAAAGAUAUUCCUGUAUCAGUUAUAGCAAAGAGUGCUGCUGAUUGCAAGUACAUUUUCAGGCCUUUAUCAUAUACACACUCUGAACCUAAUGAGCAGGAAUUAUUUCCUGCAUUAGAUUCUAUUCUAACAGCCUCCUUAAGUGAUAAACUCAAUUACAUUGCAAGUCUGAGUACAUUUCACAAAAAUACAAUGGGUCUGAUGCCUUUGUUAGAGAGAGCUGUCAAAGUUAGAGUUAUGACUAAUGUCACUCUGUGCCAAGAUUGUUACAAUAAGAAGAGCUUAAAGGAGAAGUCAUGCUCCCACUCAAAAGUAGCUGUUUUAUUUUCUGGUGGUCUCGAUUCAGCUAUUUUAGCACGACUGGUUGAUAAAUAUGUGCCAGAAAAUGAACCUAUUGACUUGUUAAAUGUUGCAUUUGAGAAAAGAAAAGGAGCCUCCAACACAAGUACUCAUGGAAAGAAAGCAAAAGCAUCCAGUAACUUGAAUGCUGUCGAAAAUUCAGGUCCAGAAUUUAAUGAGACAUACAAUGUACCUGAUCGACAAACAGGGAAGAAAACUUUGGAAGAGUUGAAAAGUCUGUGUCCUAAUAGAAGAUGGAACUUCAUUGAGAUAAAUGUUUCUCAAAUUGAGCUACAAAAGGAACGAUCAAAAUCUAUUGUCCAUUUAAUUUAUCCAUUAAGAACUAUAUUAGAUGACAGUUUAGGCUGUGCUCUCUGGUUUGCUGCUAGAGGCCAAGGCAAAAUCUAUGGAUCCAAUGAGAAUUAUGUGUCACCAGCAAGGAUAAUUAUUUCAGGUAUGGGUGCAGAUGAACAGUUUGGUGGAUACAUGCGUCAUCGCACAACCCUUAGAAAUAAUGGAUGGGAUGCUCUUCACAAACAGCUACAACUAGAGGUGGAGAGAAUACCCACACGGAACCUAGGGAGAGACGACAGAGUGAUUUCUCACCAUGGCAGACAACCUAGAAUGCCAUUUUUGGAUGAAAGUGUGAUUACCUUUGUGAAAGCGCUUGCUCCUUGGGAAAGGUGUUACCCAAAUGAAAAUUUUCCCUGUGGUGUUGGUGACAAACUGCUGUUAAGACUUAUUGCUUGGCACAUUGGGCUCAAAGGAGCUGCCAUUUUUCCCAAAAGAGCAAUGCAAUUUGGAUCAAGAAUAGCAAACAGCAAAGAAAAUGCUGCCGAUAUGUCCGAUAGACUGUGAUAAUACAAGGAAAAAGAAAUGAAUCAGUAACAAAAAUUUGA